CCGUGAAACAGCGCCAAACUUCGCUCGUUCUACGCCACAGGUCGCACUCUGUCACUCACUCCUGGAGUCUUGGACGUCAAAAUCUCUCGCUCGCUUGUACUGGUUACAUCUUCCCCAUACUUUGCUCGUCAAAACUUGUCCAUUUUUGCUCGUCAAAACACCCCUUCUUCGCCCUUGCCUAUUCCGGCAUCUCGAUUCUCGACACUCCAGAACACACGCGUUUUGUCCGAUCAGCACCCGACCACGACCCCCGACUCUUCUGUCCUUCACACCCUCGCAAUCGUAGCUUGGGGCUUAUCUGAUAUCAGCCCUAUCCUCUUUGAACCACAUUGUUAGUGUCGAUAAACUCGACACCGCACGAAUUUCGUGGAGUCGACCGCUUUCGCAAGUUCCGUCUUGUACCUUUGACUGAUAGGCAGCACGACUCAGUCGCUCUAGACCAUGGCUUAGACAAAGACCAAACUUCCCCACCAUUCGUCAAGUGCACGCACUUUCAUUGUGUCUCAAGGAAACCUCCCAGCCCACCAACAAUUGAAAAUUUGUUUCAACACCAGGCCACCCUCAACAGCCUCUGAUCACGUGACAAGCAACAACCAUGGCUCCGGUCAAAGCCAUCUACUCUUCCCCAUACCAGACCAAGGAAAGCCCUCGCCAGCUUCGCGAUACUCCUCGGACCCGUCGAAAUGAUGACAGCCCAUCAAGACGAACCGAGUAUGACCUGGAUCAAGCCUUUCGACAAAUGCACCUUCACCAUUCCGAAUGGCAGAAAGUGCACGCCUUUCAACGAAAACAACAACAAGAAGAUCUAGACGCGAAGGAAUCUGCCCAGGCCAGGAUCCAUCGGGAGUCACUCGACAGCGCAAGUGCCCAACAUGAACUCGUGAGACAGCAAGCCGAGGCAGUUUUGCACGCUUAUCUUGAAGAGGAGGAGCAAGAACGACGAAGGCAGGAGGAGGAGCGGAGAAGAAAGGAGGAUGAGGCUCGAAGGCUGCGGGAGGAAGAAGAACGACAGAGAGUGGCAGCGGAAGAGCGACGUCGGCAGGAAGCAGAAAAGGCGCGUCGCCAGGCUGAAGAGGAACGAUUAGCAAGGGAAGCGCAGAGGCGGCGAGAGCAGGAGGAGCAGGAGCAAAGGGAGAAGCAGCGACAAGCUGAUGAGCAACGUCGAGUCGAAGCCGACGCCCAAGCACGCAAGGAGCGCGAAGCGACCGAGCAAGCUCAACAAGUAGCGAUGGCGAAAGCAGAGCAAGAAGCAGCCAAAGCGACCGCGAUCGCAGCCAAAUCUAGCACCACUGUUGCAGCAGGUUCUAAUUGUGAGGCUGAGCAUCAAGAAUACCGGGCGAUACAUCGAAAGCUUAAAGCCUUCCGAAAAGACCUGUGGACAUCGUCGCGGAGCGACCCUAACCUGAAGCCGCACAUCGGAGACAUGCGACGAGCGAUUCGGACAGUAGUUGGGCAGCUGACCGGCGACAGAGAGACGGACAGAAUUGCUCAAGAAAAGAUCUCAAACCUUCUGCGGCGAGCCCGCACUGAGGUUCCUUCAGCCCCAAUCAGUGUAAACGAGUUCCUCCCAUCGUGGCAGUCGCUCCAUGACGACAACAGCACGCAGAUUCCGGCAUUAGUGUUGUACCUAUUGUCCAUCUUCAGCAAGGCUGUGGUGAGCGCUUAUGCCAAUGAAUGCAGUACCAACACCAAAGCGGCCGAGCCGAUCGGGAUCAUGGUAGCCAAAGUCUUCUCGCUGCCAGACCUCCAGUUCCGCCGCAACUUGCCGGCGGACAGUGGCGAGGGAGAAACGGUGUCAUUGAUUUCUGUGCUAGUGAGCAAGUUCCACGCAUCAGCGCCGGUGUUGUUUGGAAUCUACGGGCCUGAAACGACCAAGGACGGCAAGCUGCGGCUGGGAUGGCGGUUGACGGACACAGAUGCGGGGGACGGCAAAGUGUUUGUGUCGGCCAACAUGCACUGGGAUCGAAUGAUGGGACUCGGGGCGGGAUAUGCAUCUAUUACGCUGCGCAACUUCUCCCGGGCCAAAAACACCAAACACCCGUGGCCACCGACGAAUUACUGGAGGAGUAUAGCACAUAUCCUGAACACACCGCCGUCGGAGGUGACAACGAGUCACUUGACAGUGCUCAAGUCAAUGGUGGAGAACAACGCAGUAGAUCGGUUUGUGCUGUUCUUUGGGGCGGCGGCUGUGGCCGUGCUGAAGCAAGCGACCAUGACGUUCCCACGGACUCUGAGCAAGACGCUACAAGAUGGGCAAGAAGGGAAGACACUGACAUAUUUGGUGGAGACUUGGAAGGAGAAGAACCAUUUCACCCUGGAGUAGCAUGAUGGUGAUUGUGAAAAGGAAAUCUCGACCUUGCCAACCGUCCGAGCUACGAGUCGUUUAGAGGCCAGAGUUGGAGCGGUGGUAAAAGGAUCACAUUGGAAAAAAGCCUGGGGCAAAGGCCAUCGGAGCAUAAUCAGGGUGCGAUGAAGGAGUUUUCUGGACGACGUCGAAUUCACGUGAUGCGAUAUGUGAGAUAGGUUUGGGGUCACGUGGAUCUGUUAUCGGUCUUGGUGAGGUUGAAGUUGAAGUUGAGUCCUUCAAGCACCUGCCAAUUAUGAGGAAAGCAUGAUCAAAUCACGUCAUCUCGACUUCGUUCCUGCCUUUGCAUGCAUAAUAAGGCGACCAAGGCAAGAAGGCCCUCCUCCAACAGGCAGGAACAUCAGAGUCCCUCCGUACCUAUUCAUCUAGAGUAUCUUCAGGCAGACACAACUGGUUGACUCUGUAGCCAACCAAUAACGUCAGAUCUGCACAUCAGCCACCCACGCUGACAGAGAAUCAAGAUC